AUGGCUUUCAAACUCGGACGCAAAAAAGCGGACAAGCAGCCUCCAACAUCAAAAACGCAGUCGUCCCAAGAGAAGUCGCUUCUCAUCGCAAUGAAGUCCACCUCUUCCUCCUCCUUUAGCUCCAGGUUGCGCCUUCGCCCUCGAGAAGGAGGCUGUUUCUGCUGCAUAGCUGGAGCCCCCCAUAGAGGGCUAUUUCAGCGGGGCCAGUCUCUCACCAUUCACCGGGAGAGGGGAGAGAGCUGCUGGUGGAGGAGAAGCGGCGGUGGGGGUGGAGAAAGGAGGGAGAAAACGUGUAAUCACCCAAACAACCGUUUUUUUCCCUUUACCCAUUUUUUUCACCCCCUCUGGAUCCGUGUCGCAAGUAUCUGUCUCUCACUGCGGAUACCAGGAAAAGGGGAGGCCGGACCGCGAGGAAGACACCAAGAGUCUAGACAUAACAACAAACCUGGCAGAACCAGAGAGGGGAGCCACUGCGGUUGCUUAGGAGUGGCUGGCCCAACUCGGCACCAAACCGGGGUCCGGAGGUAUGGAGGAAGGGGCGUUCAAGAAAACGAGAGGAGGAAGAGGAAAAUCGGAUACCCGGGAGGACAGGAUACCGCAUGCCAAAAACACAUAACUCCUGAAGUCAAAUUUGCACGGGGGCUUUUUGCCUUUAAUCGGAUAGGACGAGUGGAGAGUGACAGGAAAGUGGGAGAGAGAGUCAGGGUGGGAUCCGGAAAGGACCACGAGUUGGGAAUCGAACCCGGGUCGCUGGCGUACGGUGCAGGUGCCCCAGCCAGUCGCGCCACAGCCGGGUCCAACACUUGUGUUUUUCUCCAGAUUAACAACACAAUAUUACAUGACCAUACCUCAGGGCGCUGGGUGUUUAUCGGCGGGACUGAAGAAGCAGAGAUCACCGGACUCAUAAUUGUUUCCUCUAAAUCUGCUGAGCUCUGAGGAACACCAAGUGCAGUUUUUCAUCAGACAGAGAAUGAGAGGGUAAAAGGACAAUACUAAGGGAAAAAAAAUGCUUUAGUCCAUCAUGUUGGUUUUUAUCACUUCAUCUAACAAGUGAGUAAGGCCACUAGCCUUGCACACAACAUAAUUAUAAACAGAGCUUUUGCCACCGCUGUGUUUUCUUCUGCUGCUGCUCAGCAAAAUUUUCUUUAAAUACAGGGAAAGAAAUACACCAUAAAUUGCGUAAGCACCUUAAAUUUGAUAGAGGAGGAUUGAGGCAUUUUGAAAAGCACUUAAGUGCUAACUUGAUUUGACAUUUUCCUAUUGAGUCAAAGCUCAGCAAUAGGCCUGAUAUCUUAUUUAAGCUGUAAAUUGCGCCCUCCACGCAGCCACAGAAAGACAUCAGAAAGGCAAAGUACUGCCACUCUCCACUCGGACCAAUUUGUCUCCAUCACUCCAGUCAUAUAAACACUGAAUGAUUUAGCUAAACUUGUGCAGAGAAUCUUAUGGGGAUUUUUUUUGUUCACCCCCCUACUUUAUUUUCAUUAUAUUUGCGAGUAUGUUACAGGUUCUUUCGAUUGUAUGCCUGCAUUUGGCUUUGAAAGUCUCAGAUUUAGUGCUGUGGUAUUGGCUCAUUUUUCAUAUCCAUUGUUGGCUUGUCAGGGUGUCAUAGCUGUUCCACAAAGCUGUUAGAUCAGUCCAAAUGUAUAAAUCAUCCGGGAUCUGACACACUCAUUUAAUUUGGGGGGCCCUGUUGCAGCAGCAGGCCUAUUAAUGAAAAAUCCCUGCCCUGUUUGCUGAGUGGGAACAUUCAGGCCUUUUUGAUUUUAUUUUUUAUUAACAUGGAUAUUCUGUAUGAUUUCCCCCAGUAACCUGGCUGCCAAGCUGGCACUUUGUCAUUUAUCAUCAUAUGUUAUGUUUGUCAAUCUGUUGAAUUUUCAGUCACAAGUCCUUAGGAAAAUCACUUUGCAUAUUAAGGAAAAGAAGGACGUGGGAAAUCUAAAGGGCGCUACGUGGGCCAAAUCUCUCGCAUUCCUCAGUGCAGCGGUGGUUCCAACC